AAAAACGCGCGGCCCGGUAGCCGCCAGUGCGCCUGGCUGGGCAGCUCCGAUUUCCCGCAAUUGUGGCUUCUUGAAACUCAAUCUCCUGUUUAGGCAUCGUUCUCAUAGUGGUUGCACGCGCAAAAAGUGGUGCCUGCCGGCGGUGUCUGUGUGUGUGGGGGGCCUGGCGGUGGCUCGCCGGCAAGGCGGCCCAGUGGUCGGCAAUGAGUGGACUCGGAGGUCUGGCUGACACCGGGUCCCGCGACCUAGUGUCCGCCUUGAGUCCAUAGCUGUGACUCCUGAGUCCUGCCAGUGGGAGAGGUGCCAGAAGCGGCUCCGUUCCGAUAAGUAACCUCCCGAACGCAGAAGUGCUUCCGUGCCCAAGAGACGUGACUCGGUGCGCGAAGCGGCGUCGAGGCCGAGCAGUGAGGUCGGAGUCAAUCGGUGCCCCCCGAGGCGGCCGGGAGGUGAGCCGCGAGUCGAGCCGUGACUCCCGCGACUCGGCGGCCGGCGCGCCGGGAGCCGGGAGCCGGGGGGAUGACGUCCAUGGUGACCCACGCCAUGACCCAGAUGACCCGGUACGAGGAGGCCCACCAGGAGGCGGUCAUGAUGGACCACCAGUUGAAGAAAUCACCUGGAGUUGACAGUAACGAGAACAACAUCGAAACUCACAGGUCGCCGGCCGAAGUGCUCGGUCUGGCCACGUCCAGUCCGUUCCGGUCGAGUGCGCCCACCACGCCGGCGGCCGGCGGCGAGCUGACGGCCGAGCCGACGCACCACUACCCGCCGCCAGCGCCCGGCUACGGCCUCGCGGACUACGGGCUCGCCACCAAGCUCGAGCCGUCCGUGUCGCCGGACGCCUACCCGCGCCAGUACGCGGACGCCUCGGUCGAGCACGCCGCCAGCACGUCGCAGAACGAGCUGCUGUUCGGCUACGGCCCGGAGCCGGGCGGCAGCCAGGCGGCGGCCACGGCCACGGGGUCCGCCUCGGCCGUCACCGACUCUUUCGCCGCCCACGAGUACCUGAAGAACCUGUCGAUGCAGACAUACGGGGCGCAGGCGUCCCCUGCAGCCUGUCUGCAGGCGCCCUCCGUCUACAACAGCUACAUGUACGGCACGACGCACAGUCAACGGGGUCAGCAGCGGGCGUCUGGCGGUCUGAGCCAGAACUACCUGACGCCGUACGGGAGCGGACUGGGCUCGGCGGCCGGCUCCCAGGUUGGCCAAAGCCCGUACAUGUCGGCCGCCUACAACUACGGCGGUGGCGGCACCGGCCUGGCGGCGCCGCCUCUCAACCAGACCGCCUAUUCGACCGGCUCGCAGCAGGUCGCCGCCGACUACGGCAGCUACGGGGCAUACUCGCCGCAGGCUUUCUACUACGGGGCCAGCGGGUUCGGCUCGUACAUGUCCCCGGACGGCAGCACCGGCCGACGACGUCGGCGCGGCGAGCCGUCACCCGACGACGAACUGGCGCAGAAGAUCGACCGCAUCUUCAUCUGGGACCUAGACGAGACCAUCAUCGUGUUCCACUCGCUGCUGACCGGGCAGUACGCUCGCGAGAACGGCAAGGUCAGUCAGCAACAGCGUGCUAUCGCGCCGUAG